AUGCCGAAAGCUAUAAGCUGUAAAAUGCCUGAUCAUUGGGAUGAAGAAGUGGAUGGAAUAUGGAAACCCUCCAAGGUACCUAAUCCACAUAUAAAGGACCAUGGGAGCACAAGAAAAUUAAGAACCCCAAUUAUACAGGGAAAUGGAAGACUCCUUGGAUUGAUAAUCCAGGAUGGUAUCAUUCUUGAAGCUGAUACAAGAACCAUUGAAGGACCCAUAAUCACUGAAAAGAACUGUGAAAAGAUUCAUUAUAUUGCACCAAACAUACAUUGUUGUGGAGCAGGAACUGCUCCUGAUGCAGAGGCAAUAACAGGUCAGUUCACAACUGCAACUGCAUCGCUACCAUACUGGUCAAGAAUCAAGUUUGUCACAGCACUCACCCUCAUGAAGAAUCACCUUUUCAAGUGA